AUGCAGCCCCCUCUUGUCAUGAGAAUACUUGCUGCCUCUGUAUCUUUAGCCGAUAAGGCCUGUUUUUUGAUUCGUGCGGUAUAUGAUUCCAAAGACUUGGCCAUUAUCGACAAAGGAGUUGACGAUUUGCAAUCCAGAGCUGAUCGAGAUUCUCAGCGGUGCAUAGUACAAUCCUUGAACGAGACCUUCCCGGGUCUUCAUGUUAUUGGCGAAGAAGGUGAUCUGGAUCCUGGAAAUCUAUCUACGUCCACUGAGUUAAACUCAACUGUUCUUGAACACCACUGUCCUCCAGAACUAAAAGAUUUGUCACUGGAGGAUAUUGUAGUUUGGGUGGAUCCACUGGAUGGCACAAAGGAAUUUACUGAAGGCCUUGUUGAGUUUGUUACAGUUCUUAUCGGAAUUUCGAUUGCUGGAAAGCCUGUGGGUGGUGUUAUCGCUCAACCCUUUUACAAAGCCAAUACAACUGAGCCACACUACACGACUCGAAUCGUUUGGGGACUUGUAGGUCUGGGUGUGUUUGGCAUAAAUCCUCUGGUACCUUCUUCAAAAUUGCCAUAUCCAGUCAACCAAAAUGCCCAAAAACUUACUUCACCUCAUAUUAUUGUGGUUACUCGAUCCCAUCGCUCUACUACUCAGGAUUUUGUCGACGGAGCAUUCUAUCCCACUGAAGUAUGUUCAACACUUUUACAUAUCACAUAGUUCUCAAAUAUUUGAUAUUGAGCUGUAAUUGUGGGUGUAAAAUGCUUUGUAUCGCUCUUAAAAUCAAAUAAUCUAUUAAACUCUACCCUGGAAGUUGAAAGGUCUUCAUUUUGAAGAGUUAUGAAGCCUCAUAGUGGGAGCCGAAAUUCUUUGCAAUUCACGAAGCUGAUACUCUUCUAACAACCAGAGAAACAGUUUUUAUAGGUACAUGGAACGUUCGGACAAUGUGGAAGACUGGGAAGACCAGACAAAUAGAAACGGAAACGAGGAGACACAACUUUAACGGUGCUUGGAAUCGUUGGAACCCAUUGAUUCCAAGCUGGACAGGAAAGGUUAUAUUCGGGAAAGAUGCUGCUGUACUCUGAUCAUGGAGAGGAAAAUGCUCCUCACACUCAAGAAGUUGCUUUGACGCUGUUUAAAGAAGCAUCUAACGCACUUGUAGGACGGGAAUCUCAUGGAUCCUGGAUCAUCAAAGCGUCAUUCAAAACAAAGGAGGGAAUCACAAUGAAUGUUAUCCAGUGUUAUGCACCCACCAAUUAUAGCAGUGACAACGAUAAAGAUCAGUUCUACGGGAGGCUGCAAUCGAUCAUAGCGAAAUGUCCAGGAAAGAACCUGACCAUCCUAACGGGAAACUUAAACGCUAAAGUCGGAGUGGACAACAACGUUUAUGAGGAUAUCAUGGGAUGACACGAACUGACUGAGAGAUAGGAAUGAGAAUGGCGAGGGACUUGGAAAUUUAUGUGUAUUCGACAAAAUGGUUUUAGGCGGCACAAUAUUUCCCCACAAACACAUACAAAAAGCUACAUGGGUCUCACCGGACCACACCACGGAGGAUCAGAUAGAUCACAUUUGUAUCAAUAAAAAAUUCCGAAGGACAAUUGAGGAUGUAAGAAACAAGAGAGGAGCUGACAUAGCUUCAGAUCACCACCUGGUGGUGGCCAAGAUGAAACUGAAGCUAAAAAAACACUGAACAGCUGGGGAAACAGCAUUAAAAAGGUUUAAUGCAUCGUCCCUUCGAGAUACUAACAAGCUCAAUCAAUUCAAGAUAACUCUCAACAACAAGUUUCAAGCCUUACAGGAUCUACUAAGGGAAGAAGAAACUACUAUGGAGGAAAACUGGAAAGGUAUCAAAUAAUCACUAAAUUCAACAUGUCAGGAGAUUCUGGGCCGCAAGAAGCAUCAACAUAAUGAAUAGAUCGCCAUCGAAACCCUAUAUAAGAUUCAGGAAAGGAAGAACGAGAGUACAGCAAUUAACAACAGCCGAACAAGAACAGAGAGAAUCAAUGCACAAGCUGAAUACACAGAAGCAAAUCGGAAAGUGAAAAAAGCAUUAGAACUGACAAGCAAAAAUAUGUGGAAGACCUAGUAACAACAGCGGAAAAAGCUGUAAGUGAAGGAAAUAUGAGACAGCUAUAUGAUACAAUGAGGAAACUAGCAGGGAAAUAUAGUAAACCAGAGAGACCGGUCAUGGACAAUGAAAGUAAGCCAGGGACAGAGGAACAAACAGGUGGAACACUUUGAGGAACUCUUGGAUAGGCCAGUUGUCUACUUAAGGUACACAAUGCAAGUUGGCAGGAUAGCAUCAGCAACAGUUUACUGUGAGAGAGAACAAACCAGCUUCCAUCUGGAGAGGAAAUUAUGAAAAGACGCUGGAAGUAUGUAUGACAUACUUUGCAGAAACCAUUAAACUGCGUCAGUAGGCAAGCUCCAACUUAGAAUUCUGAAGGUACACAUAAAAGAAGAAGACAAAAAGUACAUUAUUUCGGGAAUUAGAAGCAGACAUCAAAAGGAUGAAUAGCAACUGGAAAGGACAGAGUUGGAUGGAGAAUGUUGGUGCGCGACCUAUGCUUCUCCACGAGGGUUAGCAGGCGUAGCUAAGUAAGUAAUCGUUGUUCUAGUUUUUACGUAGUUUUCUUAUGUGUGGUGUGUACUAUUAUUAUACAUGAGCUACUUUACGAGCUCGUGUUUACAACCACUUGGUCACCACUAGUGAUGAAUGCAUUCAUGAAUACAUGCGUUCCCAAGUACUUUAAGCACGAUAUUUAUGCAUUCCACCAAUUUACAUAUUUCGCUUAUUUACAGAAGCAAAAUUAAUUUUGUCAGAAAAUCCUU